AUGACAGUGUUAGCAGCCAUCAUCGUCGCCGUCGCCAUUGCCCUUCCCAUGUGGUUCGUAGAUGAUGCUCGAGUCGCGUUUAGUCUUUUUGGAUUCACGUGCGACUUCGAAGACUACCCCUGCCAAGUGGCCGUUCGCGUUUAUGUGAGUUUGUUAGCUGAAGUGCUAGACAGAGUGUUGGCCAUAAGUUACGGUCUCUAAGUGGGUCAAAUUUCCGCGUCCCGACCAAAAAAAGGUUGUAAGAAGUGCCUAUAAGCCCUGGCAAAGCCGUUGGAUGACAGGGGGACGCCCGGCGAAAGCUCAGCGAAGACUUGAAAUAUAUCCAUUUCUUUCUAAUUUUAGCUAUUAAUAACGCUAGUUUUCUCAAAUCUGCGGCAAAAACGAAGAUCGGCAACUUUUAUCCAAACAUUAACGAUGUGAGCACAUGUAGAAUGCCUCCAAAUAGGUGAUAAGUUAUCCUAGGCCGAUAAAUCUAUCCACAGUACCGUUGACCCGAACUGUUGCUGAUCCGAAAGGUCGUGGCGCCCAAAAUUUCCACCGUCUGACGCGCUCUCAAAAAAAAAGAAACAAUUUUUUUCCGGCCCGCGCCCAACUUUGGGUGAUUCUUUUUUGAUAGGCCAGAUCUGCUGCUUAGAUGCAGAACCAACAUGUUUCUUACGCUGAUUUUUUUUAGAAGAGCCUCGACGACCCAUUCCUCUUGGUUACUCGUAUAUUGAUGUUGAGUUGCCUUUCCUCGGCUUGCAUGGCGGUUAUGGCCUCAACUUGCGCCUGCACAAGAAUGCGAAAGUGGCAGCUGAUCAGUGUUCUUUUGACGCUUGUUAGCGCGCUUUUGGCUAUCGGUGCACUUGUCUACUUUUUUCUUUUCGUCUCCGGAUACGGUAAGUCUUUUGGGCGAGUACGCUUGGCCCUGAUGAAGAAGAUAUUUUUCCGAGCUUACAAUUAGUCCAAAAUAUUAUAUGAUAAAUAAACACCUGCCAUUUUAAAAACAUGAAAAACGUUUUGCAUGGCAUAAAAUGUUACACCUCAUUCUUGGUCUUUUUAAGCUGCGAAAAGACAUGGUUUUUUUCCCUUGCUCGGAUUUUCUUGCGUAUUGUUUCAGGUAGCUUUCGCGUCUACUUAUAUGACACCGAGCACAAAGGUGGCCUGCGUGCUAGCUUCUACAUUGCCGCCGUUGGGGCUUUUGGUCUUCUGGCUUCGUCGAUCUUUGGCACUGUCAACAUCUGCUGUUGCCGCCAGCGCUAA